GUUAAUUCUAGAAAUUCCUUACUUUUUCUUAUCCUUAAUAAUAAUAAUAAAUUAAUUAAUGUCGAGUCAUCUCGGAUCCGUGGAGCAGAUCACGAAGAUCUUCAACAAGUAUGACAAGAACGGCGACGGUAAGAUCUCCUUCGAGGAGCUCAAGGAAAUCCUCGGCGCCUUGGAAUUUUCGUCCUCCUCCGAAGAGGUGAAGCGCGUAAUGAAGGAAUUGGACACGGACGGCGACGGUUCUGUCGAUCUGGAUGAGUUUAUUGCCUUCCACACGCAAAGUAGUGGUAGCAGCAGCAGCAGCGCCGACAACUCCAAGGAACUGAAGGAGGCGUUUGAUACGUACGAUCUAGACAAGAACGGGCUGAUUUCGGCCAGCGAGUUGCAUGAGGUGUUGAAGAAGCUAGGGGAGAAGUGCACCUUGAGUGAUUGCCAGAGGAUGAUCAGCCAAGUCGACAAGGACGGUGACGGCAACGUGAAUUUCGAGGAGUUCAAGAAGAUGAUGAGCAAUGCCUGAAAUUAAAAUGAUGAAGAACAAUUAAUUACAGGUAAAUAUGACUCAUCCUUUCUAUUCUUUGGAAAUAUCUGUUCUUCUUUCUGUGUUUUAAUUUAGGGUUUAAUUUAGGGUUUGGGACUUUGGGUUUCUAGACAAAUUAGAUCUACUUUAAUUUGUGUGAACCCUAAUAAUUAGACAAUUUCCUCUUUGUUGUAUAGCGAAAAAUGAAAAUCAGUACUCUAUAUUAAACAUUUAAGAACGGUUAAUUAUCCGUAUGUGUGAAGAUGUUAAUGGAGUUUUAAUUUUAUUAAAUUUAUGAUGUAAUUAUUAUAUAUUUUAAUAUUUUUAGUAACAAAAUUUCCUGAUUUCUUCCUUCAUUGUAUAUGAAUGCUUUCAUGUGCAGAUGUUUCGUUAAAACAAGCAAAAAUGAUAAUUAUUAAUGUUUUCGUACAAUAUUUGGUUUACCAAUAAAAGAAGCAAUAUGAUGCGUCCCCGUGGGGCUUCGCGGAGAUCCCCGUCACGGGGACGGAACGGGGAGGAAUAUUUCUCUUUUCGGGGUGGGGAUGGGAACCAUUUUCUCCUCGCGAUUUUGCGGGGAAUUUUCCCCACCCCGUGGGGCCCGCGGGGAUUCCCAUCCCUGCAAAAAAAAAAG